GCGACAGACGCUCCUUGACGAGAGAGGGAAAGAGAUAUUUGUAUAUUUUUUACGUUAGGUUUCGGAUCCCAACACGACCUGUAAUAGAAAGAGGUGGCUAAGGAAGCACGUUUUUAUAUCUUACCAGCCCUAUUCGGGACCAUGGCAAAGAACUUCCAUUUCUUCCCCGGGUUUGUGACAUGGAUACUCUUUCUAGGAACAACGGGCCUAUGGAAUGCCGCGCAGGGUUACACCUACGGCGAUGAAAACGUCUGUAUGAUCGACGUGACAAGAACAAAUCAAACAGAAGCUCCAUGCAAAGACUAUCUGGACCUAGUGCUCACAGAUAACCCAUUCACGCUGAUGAUGAAAGAAAGCUUCCCAACCAAAGAGGAGUAUGACGAUCGAGUUAAUAUAUUAAUGGACAAAGAUCCAAAGUAUACCAACAAAAUGUGUAUAUUUUCAAGAUCGUACUCAACUAAAGCGCCUGGAUGCUGCGCCGGUUGGACGGGACCAGAUUGUCUAACAGCAAUUUGUGAGCCUCCCUGUUCCAAUAACGGCCAGUGUACUGCACCACACGUGUGUACAUGUGAUUCAGGUUACGCUGGGACAUUCUGUGAUGAAAUCGAACUAGAUGUUGAUGCGGUCAAACAGUACUGUUACGCUAGUCCGUACUGCCAUGGUGAGAAGGCAGAUGGGUUUGAGAAUAAACUCAGCUACGAGGACGACUGUUGUAAGGGUGGCGGUGCUGGCUGGGGAGCAACUGGAGGCAAAUGUGAAGACUGUGCUGUUGUUUAUGGCGGAGAGGGAGUUGUGGAUCAAGUAAAAGAUGUUGGCUUCAGAACUUGUUUGAACUGUGGGAGCAGCUACUUCAGAACAUUCGAUGGUCGCGAAUAUCAGUUUCAAGGAAGGUGCAAAUAUACUCUUGCUGCUGACAGUCAAGGCAAAUGGCAAGUGGAUAUUGAACCUGUCGACUGCGAUAUCUUCGAAACCUGUAGAAAAGAAGUUACAAUUUUUGUAGCGUCUGGUGAAAAAUUAUCAGUGAAGAAUGGAGAAGUUUACGUAGACGGUCAACUUGUUACAGUCUCUACUGAUGCCAAAAGCACUGCGGGAAAUACAUACACUAUUCUGAAGAAAGGCGACUGGAUUAUGAUCACAACAUCAAACGACAACCUGAGACUGAAGGUAGACUACUUUUCCACAUGCUAUCUGACACUUGACGACAGUAUCCACGGAACAACAAGUGGGCUUUGUGGAAAUUUCAACGAAGACUUUAAAGAUGAUUUAAGAACAAAAUCCGGUGAGCUAACAACAAAUCCAUCUAAUUUUGGUAAUUCCUGGAGAACAGAUAGCUCGUGUUCACCAACGGGACCAAUCGUCGACUAUUGCCACGACCUAUCCAUGAAAUCAGAAGCAAUGGAAGCCUGUGGUAUACUCCGAACUGGACUCUUUAGAGAUUGCAGGGCUAAGAUUAGCUAUUUGAGUUGGUACCAGAUGUGUGUAAAUGAGUACUGUAAAGCAGAUACAGAUCAAAAGGAACACGUGCGAUGCUAUCAUGUAGGUGCAUUCGCCCAUGAAUGUGCCCAGGUAGACAUAAUCGUCUCAUGGAGAAGCAGGGACGUAUGCGCUCCCUCAUGUCCCAACGGUCUUGUGUACAACGAAUGCAGCUCGCCUUGUCCACGGUCAUGCUCGAACGUAUUUGCUGAUUUGUCAGAAAGUUGUUCAACCAAAGGACCAUGUCUUUCUGGUUGCGAAUGUCCCGGAGGCACUAUCUUACAGGAUGGCAAAUGUGUGGCACCAGACCAAUGCAAAUGUCACUACAACAAGGAGUACUAUGCACCGGGGGACGUUAUAAAAAGGGAUUGCAAUGAAUGCGAAUGUGACAAAGGUGUAUGGAUAUGUACGGAGGAGAGAUGUUCCAGUACAGCUAGGAUAAUAGGAUUGUCGCAUGUCAAAACAUUUGAUGGACAAGAAUACGACUUGGAUCCAAACGUUGCAAAAUAUACUUUUGUUGAGCGCACUGACGACGCCGAAGUUGACACCCGAUCUGACCUUGUGGUAGACAUGUCCUUUGACAACUGCCCUGUUAUAGAUUCGUCUUACGACCGAAACUGUCUCAUAGCCGUUCACAUCAAAUACAAAAGCACGCAUAUCACACUGAGAGGGAGUGAAGUAUUAAUCGACGGUGAAACAAUUCAUGGAAAUAGUUUUUAUUAUUUUCAUUCUCAAGAUGUUUACAUCAAACAGGCCACGAACUUAUACAUUAUGGUGAAAGGAUUUGGAUUCCAGCUUCUGUAUGACCGAUCACGAGCGGUAUAUUUAACACUUGAUCGGUUUUAUAUGCAUAAGGUCCGAGGGUUAUUUGGUACCUACAACGAUAACAGGAAAGAUGAUUAUAUGGCAAGGAAUGACUACCCUUCGACUGAGCCUCAUCUGUUUGCGCAUGGCUACAGUGACAGUGUUGACUCUCCAAAACGAUACAGUCGAUCGUAUCAGACUGCUGCAGUGGCAGAGGAGGCGACUAAACUCUGUGAACUCCUAAGCAGCCAUCAGGUGUUUGCUGUGUGUUUGGGACGAAUCGAGGUGAAGUUUUAUAUAUCAAAGUGUUAUGAUGACUACAUUUCUAGUACCAUCGAAGGCCGUGACAAAGUGUUUUGUGACAUAACAGCCGCCAUGGCAAUGGAAUGUGCAAAUAUUGGCACCAAUUACAUUUCAGACUGGACAGAGGCCGCGGAAUGGAAAACGAGAUGCAUGGCAUAUUCUCAGUGUAACAAUGGAGGAUCGUAUACAGAAUGCGCGUCUGUUUGUAAUGGGCGGUGUCGUGACACACAGAUGUCAGACAUGACCUGUCAGGAAAAAUGUGUUCCUGGAUGUCAAUGUCCAAGUGGUCAACUGUACAAUGGCGACGGACAAGGAUCUUGUGUUACCCUUGAUCAGUGUUCAUGCUUCAAUCGUUAUGAUGGCAGCUAUGUUGAGGCAAACACGGUUACACGGCAGGGAUGUACAAAUUGUACGUGUGCAAACGCAACAUGGUCUUGUGACAACGAACACUGCGACGAAGACAUCAUCUGUCCGAAAACCCAGAUAUAUAGGUUGUCAAUCACAGGUUGUGAACCAACAUGUGACACUAUUGACCGGUCCGUGGCAUGCUCCUCUGCCAUCACGUACGACGGAUGCGGAUGUCCUGAAAAUACAUACAAAACGCAUAAUGGGCGAUGCGUGAAGAAAGACCUUUGUCCGUGCACACGGGGAGGAGAGUAUUUUGAACCCAAUUCACUAUUUGAGGAUUCUUGCAAAACAUAUCGCUGUGUGAACAGGCAUUGGUUAAAGAUAAGCGAGACGGACUGUCCAGGUGUCUGCUGGGCUUCAGGGGAUCCUCAUUACCAAACAUUUGACGAAGUUCACUACUCCUUCCAAGGAAAAUGCGAGUACACACUUGUACGGGAAAGCAGUGCCAAUCACGAAUUUGAAAUCAGUACCACUAAUGUGGAAUGUGGAACUACUGGUAUUUCAUGCACAAAAUCUGUUACCAUCAGAAAGGGACAGACAUCAAUCCAACUGGUGCGGGGACAUCCACUUACAAUCAAUGGUGUUGCUAAUACCGAUACUCUUAUCAAGCUCACAGGCGUCAACAUCACUGUAGAGUUUCCAUGGACAUCCGUGUUUCUUGAUGAAUUCUCCGUACUUUGGGAUAAUGGAACACGAGUGUUCAUAUUCCUUGAUUCGAAAUGGAAGGGACGUGUAGAGGGUCUGUGUGGUAACUUCGAUGGAAUUGAUAACAACGAUUUUCAGUCACAGAGUGGAAUUACAGAUCCAACUGAUAUUAAUACUUUUGCAAAUUCUUGGAGGAAAGCUACAUACUGCCCUGAAGUUGAAAGUGACCGUAACGAGCUGAUAGCAUGUUCGGGAGGUCAGUCCAUCCGAAAGGCUUGGGCAGAAGAAAGUUGUAGAAUUAUAAAAGAAGGAGAUCUGUUCCAUUCCUGCAGGGAUAAAGUUAGCAAUUUUGAAGACUAUUAUGACGAUUGCUUGUUUGACGCAUGCAGUUGUGAUAAAGGAGGAGAUUGUGAAUGCUUGUGUACAGCAAUUGCUAAUUUUGCGGAAGAAUGUAAUAGGAUUGGUGUUUUUGUGAAAUGGAGAACACCCCGAUUCUGCCCAAUAAUGUGUGAAAACGGAUUGCGAUAUACUCCAUGCAUGUCGCCCUGUCGUCAGACUUGUAGAAACAUUGGCAACGAGCCAGAACCUUAUUGUAACAGCACACAGUGUGUAGAAGGAUGUUUCUGUCCAGAAGGCUACAUACAACAUGACGAUGGUUGUAUUCCGGCUGAUGAAUGUCCGUGUUACGAAAAUGGUAUCGAACAUCCAAGCAAAUCUGUUAUAACCCACGAAUGCAUGAAAUGUACAUGUGUCCGGGGCAAAUUUGAAUGUGAAGGCUACAACUGCAUAACACCUUGUAAAGAAGAGCAAUUUACUUGUGACGAUGGACAGUGUAUUGGGGAGGUUUACACAUGUGAUGGACAUAUGGACUGCAGAGACGGAUCAGAUGAAGCGAAAUGCAACUGUUCUGCGGCACAGUUUACAUGUCAGAAUGGUGCAUGCAUCGACAUGAAGGACAGAUGUGAUGGCUUUAAAGAUUGUGCUGAUUCGUCGGAUGAAUGGUAUUGCAAACAUGAAUGUGAGUCUACAUCUUAUGAAAUAUUUCAAUGUGACAAUGGAGAUUGCUUGCCUGCAUCCUUCCGGUGUGAUGGUCACUAUGAUUGUCGAACGGAUAUAUCCGAUGAAGCGAAUUGCACAACGCCGGGAAAAUGUGACCUAUUGCAUCAUUUUAGAUGUAUUGAAACUGGAAAGUGUAUACCUAAAACCAUGGAAUGUGAUGGUCACGACGACUGUGGAGAUGGCAAUGAUGAAGAUGACUGUACAACAGUAGCACCCACAACAACCACAACAACUAUCAUGACAACAACAACAGCAACAACUACAACUACGCUACCGACAACUACCCCUGAAUGUGAAUACGUGAACGGAUUUGAAGGAGGAUUUGUUAAACAAGACGAUGUGCGUGUUCUGUCAGACGGGGAGACGUUUGGAGUGGCUAGAGAUAUAUUUCCAGAUAAGGGACUGAUAAUUCCCUGGACAGAUAUAAUGAUAAUAAUAACAUUAAAACCCUCCGUAACACUAGGCUACCUAGAGUUCAAAAAUCCAGAAGGAAGUAACAUAGACCAAGUACAAGUAAAUGUCGAUGGAGAACAAGUUGCAACGGCUUCGGUUAACAAACCAAUACCAUUGCACGGUGUCCUGAGUGAUAAUGUCGUCAUAUUGAUUAAGAGCCGACGCGACAUCUCCAUUGGUGUAACAAUUAGUAUUGAACUUCGAGGAUGCUUUUACGUCGCAUCGACAACCACAGAGCCGACAACAACAUCAGCUACCAGUAUAUCUACGUCAACAGCUUCGACCUCCACCCCAUCAACCACAAUGACCACAGAAUUUAAACCAUGUGAUAUAUCAGAAGGGCUUGGUUCGCGGAUGAAGAUCCGUGAUUCUGAUAUUGAGAUAACAAAUGGCUACGGAAAUGAAGAUGUUGCUGAUCUAAGACCAGACGGUGCUGGAUUAUUAUUUCAGAAAAACUCUUAUCUAAAAAUUAACUUUGAUGCAACGCCGGUGAGACUAGCAUUGAUGAACGUGACUACAGUUUCGCAAGUCAGAAUUAAAGUGACCAUCAUUACCGCAUCUGGGGAUCUUGAAGAAAUGGAAUCCCGAACACCAUCCAUCGUAAGAUUUAAUGGCCAGACUUUCGUCAAACAACUUCAAGUGUUCUUUUUAGAUGAAGGAACCAUUAAAAUGGAAUUAUUCGGAUGUUUCCAUUACGAAUCAACAACUGCGUCUACAUCAACAACACUCUCUACAUCAACUACAACAGAAGGUACAACAGAAAGGACUUCAUCAACAUCAACAGAAUCGACAACUUCAUCAAUAUCUACAACACAAACGACGACAAAAAUAACAAGUCCAACAGAAGGUACAACAGAAAGGACAACAUCAACAGAACGGACAACUGCAUCAACAACUCCAUCAACGACAACUUUAACAACGAUGGCUACUACAAGUCCUAUUUGCGAGAUGAUCGAAAUUGAUGGCGAUGACACCGAAAUGUACACUUUAACGCCAAGGCUUUACGGAAAGAACAUGCAAGAUGCGAUGAGGAAAGAUUCUGGUGCUCAGACAACUCUGGAUUUCCCCACUGGGAACACACCGUUUUUAAUUGAUUUUAAAUCAACGAUUACAGUUUUGAAACUUACAUUAACUGUCGAAAAAGAAGCCAAUGACCUUGUUGUUGUCGCUGAUUUUGACGACAGUACAGAAAAGGCAAAUGAAGUUUCAGACACCGGCAAGGUUAUAGUUACGUUCAACUUACAGGGCGGACUACCUGUUACACGAAUCGGCAUCAAGUUCAUUGGUGUUGGGUCUGUGCAGCUCAGUGAUAUUUUUCUAGAAGUAUGCAAAGGUGUUGUUUCAAGUACGGUAUCCACUACAACUGCCCUUGUAACGUCACAGACAACUCCAGAGCUUACUUCGCCUCCAUGCCUAUUCUUCUGCGAUAGCAACCAUAAAUGCCUCAAAGAAGAUAAUAUAUGUGAUGGAACUCUGGAUUGUUAUGACGGGAGCGAUGAAACCAAUUGUUCUCCAGGUGAAACAACAACAACGACAUGGAAACCAACGUCUCCAACAUUGGCAUCAUCAACAUUAUCUACUUCGACAACAACUUUACCAACAACAACAACUCCCGAGAAAACGACAUCAACUACUACCUUAACAACAAGCUCCACUACCACGUCCACUACCACGUCGACAACGACCUUGCCAACGACGACCACCAUGCCCACGUCUACAGAAUCAUCGACUCCAAUGGAAACGACAUCUACAACUACGGUUACAACUAGUAAAACAACAACACCUACGACUACGCACAGCACAACAACAGAAUGUGACGUCCAAAUGAUUUCAAAGGAUAACACAGCCGAUGUUGUAUCCGAGACUACUAAUGGAAAAGGGAACGGAUUGGACGAGCCAUUUAUUGCAAACUCUGGCGUUGUACAGCCAACAAUCAGCUAUACGAUCAAGGCUAUUAAUGACGAUGUUAAAUUCGUCAGAGUUGCUCUCACAGUGACGAAUGUCCAGACUGUCAAAGUUUAUGUAGUUGACACAAACAACAAUGUUGUUGCACCUAUCAAUCCAAAACAGGUGUCAGUUACCGGACCAUAUCCAAAGACUGUUGAAAUCAAGCUGAUUGGUACGGAAGGUGUGAAGUUGAAGGUAGUCCUUGUACCAACUUCAUACGGUCAACCAAAACUUGAAAACGUGGAGAUUGAUGCUUGUUACACUGAAGCAACAACGACCGCAGUGCCUACAACAACAACUGUUCCGACUACCACGUCCACUACCACGUCGACAACGACCUUGCCAACAACGACCACCAUGCCCACGUCUACAGAAUCAUCGACUCCAAUGGAAACGACAUCUACAACUACGGUUACAACUAGUAAAACAACAACACCUACGACUACGCACAGCACAACAACAGAAUGUGACGUCCAAAUGAUUUCAAAGGAUAACACAGCCGAUGUUGUAUCCGAGACUACUAAUGGAAAAGGGAAUGGAUUAGACGAGCCAUUUAUUCCAAACUCUGGCGCUGUACAGCCAACAAUCAGCUAUACGAUCAAGGCUAAUAAUGACGAUGUUAAAUUCGUCAGAGUUGCUCUCACAGUGACGAAUGUCCAGACUGUCAAAGUUUAUGUAGUUGACACAAACAACAAUGUUGUUGCACCUAUCAAUCCAAAACAGGUGUCAGUUACCGGACCAUAUCCAAAGACUGUUGAAAUCAAGCUGAUUGGUACGGAAGGUGUGAAGUUGAAGGUAGUCCUUGUACCAACUUCAUACGGUCAACCAAAACUUGAAAACGUGGAGAUUGAUGCUUGUUACACUGAAGCAACAACGACCGCAGUGCCUACAACAACAACUGUUCCGACUACCACGUCCACUACCACGUCGACAACGACCUUGCCAACAACGACCACCAUGCCCACGUCUACAGAAUCAUCGACUCCAAUGGAAACGACAUCUACAACUACGGUUACAACUAGUAAAACAACAACACCUACGACUACGCACAGCACAACAACAGAAUGUGACGUCCAAAUGAUUUCAAAGGAUAACACAGCCGAUGUUGUAUCCGAGACUACUAAUGGAAAAGGGAAUGGAUUAGACGAGCCAUUUAUUCCAAACUCUGGCGCUGUACAGCCAACAAUCAGCUAUACGAUCAAGGCUAAUAAUGACGAUGUUAAAUUCGUCAGAGUUGCUCUCACAGUGACGAAUGUCCAGACUGUCAAAGUUUAUGUAGUUGACACAAACAACAACGUUGUUGCACCUAUUAAUCCAAAACAG